CUUCACCUACCUUCUAUUGUCGUACCAAUCCUCGAUACAAAGCAUCUCCAAUAUCUCGCUAUCCGGGCAAUGUCGUCAACGCCCCGGCAACUGAGAGACGCCUCCUCUUUAUCCACUCUCUAGCACCUCAUCCAUCGGCGACACUUUUAACCAAAGCUGGUUGCGAUUUGCAACAUCAUAGCAGCCAUGAGUGUCGUCGAUUCCAGAGCGCCUGGCGGUGUCGGCUCCCCGCGUUCCUUCGCACUUGCUCACCAGCGACCGAAAUCCAAUUUCCUAGGAUGCUCUAGAAUUACCGAUUACGACAUCCUAGGCAAGCUCGGCGAAGGCACUUUUGGUGAGGUUCACCGCGCAAAGGCGAAAAAGACUGGCGCUGUAGUGGCACUAAAGAAGAUUAUCAUGCAUAACGAGAAGGAUGGGUUCCCGAUCACUGCGCUCCGAGAAAUCAAACUUCUGAAGCUCCUAUCACACCGAAACGUAUUGAAGCUGGAGGAUAUGGCUGUCGAACACCCCGUGCGGAGUGCGGACAAGCGGAAGCGGCCUAUCAUGUACAUGGUAACUCCAUACAUGGACCAUGACCUGUCUGGCUUGCUCGACAAUCCCUCAGUCCACUUCACCGAACCCCAAAUCAAGUGCUACCUCUUACAGCUGCUUGAGGGGCUCAGGUACCUACACGAGAACCAGAUCCUCCACCGAGACAUGAAAGCUGCCAACCUACUCAUCAACAACAAGGGAAUCCUACAGAUUGCGGAUUUCGGCCUCGCGAGACAUUACGAUGGACCGACACCGAAGGCUGGAUAUGGCGGAGGCGACGGGAAUCGAGAUUACACGAGUUUGGUGGUCACGCGUUGGUACAGACCACCGGAGCUUCUGAUGCACCUGAAGCGAUACACCACUGCCAUUGAUAUGUGGGGUGUCGGCUGCGUCUUCGGUGAGAUGCUCGUGGGGAAGCCCAUCCUUGCUGGAGAAAGCGAUGUCCACCAGCUAGAGAUCAUUUUCGAUCUGUGUGGUACGCCAACAGAAGAUACCAUGCCUGGCUGGAAGUCGCUUCCAGGUGCAGAGAAGCUGAACCCCCGACCACGGCCCGGGAACCUCUCUCAUCGUUUCCGAGAAUUUGGAUCUGGAGCGAUAUCGCUGCUGAAAGAGCUUCUUAAGCUCGACUGGAGAUCGAGGGUCAAUGCCAUCGAUGCAUUGCAGCACCCUUAUUUCCGAAACUCGCCUCUACCCGCGAACCCCGGCGAUCUGCCCACCUUCGAAGAGAGCCACGAACUUGAUCGUAGGAAGUUUCAAGAUCGCAAGGCUGCCCUACCUCCCGCGCCCAAAGGAGGCACGGUGGGGAGAGGGCCAAUGGACGGUGGGGCCGGGCCCAACUCAGGGUUCGCCAACGCCGAUGGAUACGGCGGCAGGAACGGUGUGAAUGGGGGACGUUAUACGCGCAAUGCGCCGCCGCCCCCGGUCGACGAGAGGCGGCCUGCAUGGCACAGGGAGAAGGGAUUGCCGCCACGGCCCCCGCCGCCCCUCGAUUACGGAAACGGAUGGGAUCCGGCGGGUGAGGGAUAUAGAGAGCGUGAUCGGGAUCGGCCGCCGCGCAGUCGGGCUGGGGCCACGCGGCCGGAUGUUGACACGUACAUCCCUGCCUAUGAUAGGGAUGGCGGGGCCCGAAGAGAGCCGCGAGACGACCGGCGCCGUCGGGACGACCGGGACGAUAGGCGGCAUGAUCGAGGGGACAGGAGGCGAGCUGAUGAGACGAGUCGGACUAGCAGGACGAGAAGUCGGAGUCGGUCGCCCCUUCGUGACAGGGAGAGGGAGCGAGACCGGGAUACCUACCGCAGAUGAGGCGUGGGGGUUUUACUUGAGAAUGAUGGCGAUUUUGGCGCAUUCCAAUCCGCUUUCCGGCAUGAAACGGAGAGAACCCCGGGAGCCCACCCAUGGAGUUUGGCGUUUUAUUGGGGGCGGCAACGGGCGACCAUUCCGCUAAGGAGGCAAUGGUCUCAGGGCAAGGACGCGGUAAAGAUGGUAAAUAAUCACGGCGUUGCUUGUGCGAUAGUACGAUAGGUUAAGACUAUGAAACGAUCAUGAGUCGUCAUCUUCCUCCAGAAUCGUCUGGCCAGUCAGUCCAGGUGUCUUCCGUCUGCGUGUCUUGAGCUUGGGCUUCAUCUCCGGCCACGCCCAGUCUGACGGGGAGCUCUCCUCCUCAUCUUCCUCCUCCUUACCCUUCCAC